AUGGCGACGGUCGCGGCAAGAGGGGCCAUAAACUGUUGUAGAUCAUUAUUCUUUUCUGCCUCAAGACAGAUAGGAAAAUCCUCUACUUUUGGUUGGUGGAAAACUUUAAAUCCUAAUUAAGUGAUUUCUCUUGUUCUUCUCUGUUCUUAUUUUUAUUUUCACUUCGUUUUUUAGUUUAUUCGCCAUGUGUUGGAGUGAGAUGUUGGCCGACCGUCGUGUCAUGCCAAACUUGUCGAAGAUGGCAGACAACGGCAUCUGGAGCAGGGGAGACAACCUAUGGGGAAAUAGAGGAAGAAAAGGAAGAAAGCUGGCUGGAAAAGGCCAAGAAACGUAGCUGGUUGUGGAGGUGGCUAAACGACAUACAUGAAAUUGAAGCUCGAGUAAGUAUUCGGUUUUUACGUGAGCUUGUUCACACUUCUUACAUAAUGUGAUGACCUUCUGAUGAGAUUGUGUCACUAGCGUGAACCAGGUAUUCAGACAGCUCAUAAACGUAAUUCUGAUGUUACAGUUACCAAAUUUAUUAACUCUGAUCUCUACGUCUCAGACAACGUACUCAGUUUGUUCGAUAUCAUUUGGUAAAUUUUAAGGUUUCAAUUUUAUUCAAAGUGCCACCACCACCCCCCUCCCCCCCUCAUUUUUUUUUUUUCGCUGAACGAAAUCUUCUUAUAAUCCUGAUUACUUGUGCGAAAAAAUUUUUUUCAUAACGUUCUUCCUUAUUUUUUUAUAACAGACACUGCAUUUAGGAGAAUUCUUGACUACAUGUACUUAGGUUGGCCACUUGAAUCUCUGAAAAAAAAUAUAGCAGUGUAGAAACAGAUCAACAGCUUUUAUUAAAAAUAAAUUUUCUGUCCAUCUUGCCGACAUGAGUGCUCAACCACGAACUAUUUGGCCUUGGUAAAACUUGAACUUGACAAAACACGGUCACAAUGGGUGGACGUAGCCAUCUGAUUAUUAUUGCUAAAGCAAAGAAGAACCAUUCAAUGACACACUUUAAGCAUCAAUAAUAGAAUGUUUGGUAAACAUUGGUUUCUUUUAGAUGAUGACAGAAGAAGAAUACAAUGAGCGAGAGAGAAUGGUGGAAAAGGUAAAGUCAUUUUUUUGACAGAAAAUGAGGUGGUAUCAUUUCUUGCCUUUUUCACAAACUCAGGUGGUAAGAAAAAAAUGUCCUAAAAUGAUAGGGUGGCAACCAGCAGGUUUUACCAUAAGGUCCUGGUAUAAGGCACAGGAAAACGGGUAACAAAAACAAGCAACUUGUUUUCUAAUAUUGCUGCAAAAUGAGUUGAGCAGUGAUGUUAGGCAUUAUACCAGCCCAAGGCAAACUUGUUUUGCAACUAGUGACAUAACUCCCGAGUAGGGCAUGACUCCUGCUUAAUUUUUUCCAAUCAGAAGUCAGUAUUCACACAACUUGUAACAACCUGAUUUAUUGCAAGAAGGGUGUGAUUCGUGGGUGGUAAAACUCGGAACAUUCUUUUCAACUCAUUUUGCAGCAAUGUUUCAAAACAAAAUAUCAAUUGCAUGUUUUCAUUGCCCAUUUAAUGUUCAAAAUGUAGCUUUGCUUGUAAAGUGCUUUUAUCUUAUCCAUUACCAUACCCAUCUAACCAAAAAUUAUUAAUGGUUGUGUGAUAAUGAAAUUACAUGUACAUUUUUUGUCUUGUUGCAGCUAAUGGACCGGUACUUUGACACUCCAGAUGCCAAGUUUGAUUUGGAUAUAUUUGGGGAGAUUUUUGAUCUGCUUAUCAAGUAUAAUGACAGAGAAGCUGUAAAAAUGUUUUGGAGUUUGAUGGAGGAGAUGCAGGUUGAACCUGAUCCAGAGAUGAGAGAAAAGGUUUGUUUCUAUAUAACAGUAUUAUGAUGGGACAACUGUCAACUCUAUCUGAGAAGGACACCUUUGGGACUGACACAUCUAAAUCUCCAUCUUAUUGAGAGUCAACUAAAAGGAGUGAAGAAAUGCAGGGACCAACUGGAUGGAAGUGUCCAUAUAGAGAGAGUUUUAAAAAGUAAUAAAUAAAAAAUAGAAUAAAAAAAUGAAAAAUACAGAGAUAGUUUACUUUACAUUCAGCCCCCAGUACCCCCUUCAGUAUUGACAGCAACCUUCCUUUUCCUCACCCAGACCACAAAAGGUAACUGGGGGAGCUACAUGUGGGGUACAUGUAUUUUCUAUGUAUCCCUUCUUUAAAGGAAUAAGAAGAUAAGGCAAACAACUAUCUCCACCCUAUGACCCAAUCAUAUGGACGAUAGAAAAAAGUUUUUAAAAUCACAACCAACGCAAACUUGAUGCACCCAAGUGAUUUUUAACCCCUUGCUUUGCACUUGUCACCCACCCUCCAAACCUUGGAAAAAAAAUUUUUGCGUCAUGCACUUCUUGUUCCAAGGCUUGAACAUUUACCUUUGUUCACUCUCUUAUUCAGACAAAUAAAUAUUGUUGAGGGAGAAAGUCUUCCUCCAAACAGGUUAUGUUUAUGUUACUAAACAGGCUGACCAAAACAUUUCUAUAAAUUAUGCUUUUUUACUUUUCAUUUCUACUAUGGUUUGAUUUCAUAUUUACUUACUGAUUUUUGCAGCUAUGGAUAGUUUUCCCAAAAAACUACAUAAUUGUGAUUGCCAUGUAUUCUUGUUUCACAGGUGGAGAAAUACUUAGUAAAGGCAAAAGAAGAAUCUUGGGCUUGGUGGUAGUAACUUCCAAGGAUUAAAGUGCUCUUGAAGAAAGAUACUUUGAAAAUAAACCUUUGCAGGCAACAAACUGGAACUUUAUUCUGAGAAUUAUUUGUUUAAAACCCACAAGUUGCGGGGUCAUUUUCAAUUCAUGAUGUUUUAAAUAGAAACUACAAUGUAAACAUUAUUGAUCUUGAAAGAUAACAUAUUUUUGCCAUGAAAUAGUGAGUAGUUGUGCUCAUUGUUAUAAAUCUUGCUAUUUGGUGGGUUUUGUUAAACCAUAUUGAACUUCUGUGAUGGUAAUGUUGUUGCUCCUCAGAAAUAAAAUAGACCUUUUCCACAUGCAUUAACUGACAAUCCUGUGCGAACUGUGCCUUUGCUCAAGAAUGUGGAACAGGUCUAUUUUCCUGUUUCAAAAAACUGUACAAAAAAGGGUUAUGGUGGAUUGUUAAGAGGUUAGACAAUCUGCUGCAGAGUUUUCACAAAACACGUACAAGCACAACAGGGAAGCAGAAAAUGAAACAAAAAGUUCAAGCUCUCUGUGGAUUUUAUUAAAAAAAAUUGUCACAUUGACUUAAAACUUGCCCCUCGUGUCACUUUUUUAGCAACCUUGGUUAGACUACAUGUAUUUCAGGCAACAUUACCGAAGCAGUAGAUUGUGAGUGUAGAGGAGUUAUUAGGUGCCAAAAUGAUAGUCCUGUAAGAGCAUGGUUAAUGUGGAACACAUCUGCUAGAGGAAAAGAUGAAAAUAACAAAGCUUAAAACAAUGCUCAAAGUCAGAAAUGGUAUAACUAGAUGAGUAACAUCAGCUCUUUAUAAAGGCUACACGUGACAAUGUAAAAGAAAAAUUAUCUCUCUCUCCCUUGUUCAUUCUUUUUCUUUGACAGUGGUAAUCCACAUGACAGUAUUGACCACAGAAUUGAUACCCAUCCACAGCAUACAAACUUUGCUGUCAUGUUUUGGUAGUGUGUGGUAACGGUUCCAUGAUGUAACACAACUGUAUAUUAGAAAUAAAGUGUCAUUUUGAAAUUCGUCGUUCAAUGCGUGGUAACAUUAAUGUAUAUAACUAAUACAUAUAGACUCAAUUGUUUAUUUCUAUUAAUAAUAAAAAGUCAUGUACUUAUCAAGUACAUACAAUGUACAAUUGUAUAACCUAAUAAUUGUCAGACAAAUAAAUUAUUAAUAUAUACCUACAAUAACUUAUUAAAAUCAGUUCUGUACCUAACACAUCCUAAACUUUGAGGGAAUUUAAUAAGAAACAAGAAAUGCUAGUUUUUCAAUUAACUUUUUUUUUUAUUUAAGU